AUGGAGAAAGAAGACUUCCGAGAGAUCUCAUACGAGGAAGAGCUGCAAAGAGCCAAAUGGUUUAAGGAGGACCUUGAGAAAGGUAAGCGAAAGUGAUAGAACAACAAAAUAAGGAAAAUCUGUCGAACAAAGAGUUUGAAAGAAGGCAAAACAAAAUUGAUUCGCCUUUCUUUAGGGCAGUCCACACUUGUGCGGGAACCAGUGCCUGGGUAACGGCAAAAAAUAGCCUGCGUAGCUGGCGGUAUUGUGUAGUACUCGAGUGAGAUUUGGCGGCGGAGCUGUUGUAAUAAAGUCGAGUGAAAUUUGACGGCGGAGCCGUCACGAGCGGCGAAACCGCGAGAAUUUCAACCGCCUCGUCCUUACUCCCUUUCUUUGGAACACGGCUCCGCCGCCAAAACUUUAAUCUCGCACCCACACAAUACCGCCAACUACGCAGGCUAUAGGCAAAAAAAAUGUAGUGUUCGCACCUUGAGUCCCGGCCUUGAGUACUCCAGCUACUCCAUUACACCCUGUUUAAGGCCAUUUUGAAACAUGAGCUUAGUAGCGUGUACAAAGCAGUGCAGGACUUCCCCAGAACUAACAAAAACGGUGUGCACACAGGGACCCGGUGUCCACUUUUAUGCCUAAGUUCUAGAGUAGGUACUUGACUGACUGAAGGGCACCGUUCCCGAGCACCAAGUGAGAAAGGUGCCUUUGAUUUGCUUCUUGCACGCUAUAUCCUGCAUGUCGAUUGUAAGUUUUUGUUAAGUAAAGGCAAGAAAAAUACAGAACGAUUCUUCGCCGGGAAACAAGAAGCGCGUUGAAAACAAAAGUGGAGAACAGUAUUCAUAAAAAUAGCAGAAGAAUUUCGAAGCAGAUCUCUGUAGAGAAGAGGCCCGGAAAUGAUCUACAUUCGUAAAAUGAUCACCGAAAUCGACCCGCAAAAUAACCCUCACACCGAGGUGUUUCCUGUUUUUUCCGUGCUGCCCCUAAAAUGAUUCCCAAGUAAUUCUUGAAAUAAAAACUGAAAUCGGAGAAUUGAAAGGUGCAAAAUAAACGAAAUCAGUAAUUUAAAGUUUCGAGAUCCUUUCCACUUAUCUGACAUGGACAUCUUCAAUUACAUUUCCAAGAUUUUAAAAAAUGUUAGACGCGUAAAUCAAACGUAUUAUUCAUGACUAUGAAAUGAUGAAUCAAAUUGGAACAAAAUAAAACUUAAAAUAGCACUUAGGGGAUAAAGUUAACACUAACUUGAGAGGAAAAACGUAAAGCAAGAACUCUGCGUAUAAAAUACAUAAAACCGACUCGGUACUGACGUUUUCCACCCUUUUUCCUUGAUACGUGUAACACAAAGGUUACAUUCCUCGCUGUAAUAAGCUGUAAAAAUGUCGUCGUCCUCCGGUCGCGAAACAGGACACCAUAUUGACUCCCUUUUUACAAGGAUACUACAUACGAGUUACGGGAGCCAAUCAAAACGCGCGAAAAUUAAAAUUGCUAUUCACUGAUUGUCUUCCGCUCUCCUCAUCCAAGGAGGGAUAAUGCGUGCGCAAGAGAUGGAUACCGAUUUGGGGAAUGGGGUUACCUGAGUCAUACCUAAGACACGGGGAUACCCAAAUCACUCUGACAGUGCUCUGAUUGGCAGAGAGGUGUGUGCGCGUGUACGUUGUGACGUCAAGUUCUUUAGCUAUCUUUUGCAGUCCGCAGCUAGUAUUCACGCAAUCACGAUUCAAAAAAGCUAAAAAAGGAAACGCUUUGAGCUAAAAACUUGACUUUCCUUACCUUCAAUAAAAAUCCAUAGUUUGCUAAAUCCUUUCUUUAAAACAUAAUGGUAAGAAUGAAGGCCAAUCGUUUUUACACUAAACGUUUCUUUUUUCUUGAAGGUGGAUGGAGUGAAGGUCUCCACACCCCAGGAGUCUCUACGUUCUGGUUCAAAACAUUCCCAGAUAUGGAAGUGCCGAUAAAAGCCCUCUUCACGAUGGAAAUUCCAGUGCCAGCAGAGAAAGUGGUAGAAAUCCUUGCCCCUGCCAAUGUGAAGUACCAAAGAGAAUGGAAUGCAGCUUUCCCGGUUAACGAACUCAUUGAAAACUAUAUCGAACAAGAAGGAGGUGGAAGCUUAUUGUAUACCGUACUCAAGCUUUCUUGGCCUCUUACUAAUCGAGCCUACCUCGUUUUCAUUCCACCCAGUAAAGAAGUUGAUUGGUAUGGCAAAAAAGCGUUCCUUCUGCUUCAGAAAAAUGCGUGGCAUCAUUCAAAACCUCCAGGCGCUGACGGGUUUGUCAGGUAAUAAGAAGAGUAGACACUUAUUUUUGUCAGAGACUAAGCACAGCGAGAGAAACACUAGCACAAAUGGGUAAAAGCCUUCCGCGUGACCCAUCUCUUCAAGCUGGAAACGUUUUCAAUCUCCUGAAUCACGUUCGACUGAGAUCGGUUUAACUCGGCGCUUAGUCUCUGACGAAACGAGGCCGGAAUGUUUAGUCUUAUUUGCUAAACAUGAAAGAGGAUGACAUGAGCUGAAAGAGAAAGUUACACUCUCUAAGUCCGGAAAAUAGUUUUCCUUAUAUCGGUACCUUUCGUUAGCUCGGUUGAAGGACGGCCGCGAGUUUAUGAAUUAAAGUGCAUUGCGUUGUAUUCAGUCGCCGGUGUGGUGUGCAUUCUCUUGUAUGGGACCCAUUCUUGGAAAAUAAGUAGAACGGAAUGAGAUCUUUUUUUUUAAGCUCAAAUCUUUAAUGUUCUGUGAAGAAGCUGAACUCUUUCUAAAGCAUGCUUGAAGAUUUACCGUAUCACCAUGGAAAAGUUCUAUAAUACAGCUUAGAAUGGAUCUUGCAGUACGGGCGAUCUUCCAGCGCAAAAUGAAGUCAAAAGAUACGUGUUGCAAGCUUUUUCAGGAAGCAGCACCCAUAACCAUCAGCGGCAAAUAGAAUCAGAAAUAAAAGUUACCAAGACAGAAUACACGAGAGCAAUAGACCAAUUUCCAUAAAUUAAAAUUCAUACUUGGCAACUAGGGUUAGGAGAUCGAACUGAAACAAAAAAAACGUUUUAUUCAUUGCCGAAGCCAAGAUUGAUUCUUUUGUCUUAUUGUCCUUAGCCUUGAAGUCAAGUUUGAACUUUAGUACAUCAAAAUUGGUCUAAUUAGACAGCUUUUAAAAACGCAAGCGAAGUUUCGGUUUUGCUCAAUCACUGGUCAACAACGUUUAACUCAAUCUCGUUUUCAGGUCCGGUAAAUUGUUACCACAAGAAUACAGUAUUAUUUAAUGCCAUAUAUCACAAUAACUUUAUGCCAAGAUUAUUUAAUCAAUCAAUCAGGUCAUUUUCAGAACGAGGCUAAGUGCAAAACCUUUCUUGUGAAAAUGAAUUUGAGUUGCACGAGACUGAAAAAUCAUUUUCAUAGUCAAUGGCUCUUCACUUAGCCUCGCUUUGAAACAGAGGCUUGGGGAAACUAGGAAAAGGCCUAUUGCGUGCAAAUCAAACGGGUGGGCAAUCUUUUAUUGAAAGUAAUAUUCAGGCUUGGUUUGUCGUGCCCUUCAUCAUUAGAGAGAUCGAGGGAACAAUGGCCCACGUUCGAUAUAUUAAAAUUCUAACAUGACUCCGAGGCUUUAGGGUCAAAAUUGCAAAUUUUUCACGACUCCAUUGUCUCGCAAUUCCCAGAAGAGAUUCAGACUCGUACCCAGUCGCUAUUUAAGGGUUUUUUGGGGUGAGAGAAGAUUGGGAAUUAGGUUGAGGCGCGCGCGGGGUCUCAUGGGAAGGGAAGAAGGAAACCCCGCAUGCGCCCUAACCUACUCCCCAAUCUUCUCUCACCCCAAAAAACACUUAAAUAGCGACUGGGUACGAGUCUGGAAGAGACUUGAGCACAAGGAAAACUAAACCAAAUAUAGAAGAAUGACCAGAAAGCCUCGUAGUCAUGUUAGAAUUUUAAUAUAUCGAACGUGGGCUAUUAAGACAAUCCAAAGUUUAAUAAAAACUGCUCUAACCUAGCAGUUUUGGCUUAACAUAUUUGUUUUGUUUGUUUGAUUUUUAACUCAUAGAGCAACAAAUGGAGGAAACUUCUCUUUGGUCAUCCCAGACGAGGAAAAUCCAUCUGGCGCAUGCAAGAUGUUCAUGUUGCGAAAUAAUAAUUAUAAUGGUUGCCUACCUAAUAAGGGAAUCCAGUUCCUCAUAGCAAAAACCCUACCUCCUAAAUUUAAUCUCUGGAGAGAAGGGAUUAUUGAUGCCUACAAAAGGUUCUUUAGUGAUUAG